AGGGGUGACACGAAAACGAUAUUUCACUACUAUUGGGACGCACCACAUACAAGCGAAUACUAUCAUAGUUUAAGCAGCGAUAGCUGGACUUCAAAUAUUGAAAUUGGACUGUGCAAUCACAUUAAAAACGUUUGGCAAAAUGAACCAAACAUUUGAAAAUGUGCUUGCUAAUCUAUGAGCUACCAGCAUCUAAAAGUAGUGAAUGGAAGAGAGCUUCAACUAAGGUGAUAUUUGAGAAGACUAGUCUGUACCCGAAUGUAAUUAUGAGAGGAACAAAAUUAAUAUUGAUGGAGGUAGGAAAUGUAAAAUUUCUGGAUUCUCUCAAUUAUUUUCCUAUGCCUCUAACUGCUCUACCCAAGGCGUUUGAUUUGAAAGAGCUAAAGAAAGGAUACUUUCCACAUUUAUUCAACACUUUGGCUCAUCAGAAUUAUGUAGGGCCAAUUCCAGCGCUCGACUUCUACGAUCCCGACCAUUUAAAGGAAGACGCUCGGGAAAAAUUAUUAAAAUGGCAUGGCGAAAGACAAGCGGAGGGAUACGUUUUUGAUUUUCAGAAAGAAAUCGUUGAAUACUGUAUCUCCGAUGUGGAAAUAUUGACACAGGCGUGUCUCAAAUUUCGAGACCUGAUGAAAACCGAAACCACAGUCGAUCCCUUCCAGGAAAGCACCACUAUUGCAUCAUGCUGUAACAAAGUCUUUAGACGCAAUUUUUUAAAACCUGAGACGAUCGGGAUUCUACCGAACCAGAACUUAUAUCACCCCGUUUUACCGUCAAAAAUGAACAACAAAUUGAUGUUUGUUAACUGUCAAAAAUGUGGUGAAGAUUUCGUUCGAGAAGAGUGUCAGCAUUCUAUUCAAGAAAGAAGCCUAAAAGGAACUUGGGUGAUAGAAGAGGUGCUCAAAGCUAUUGAAAAAGGUUACCAGAUUAUAGAGACUUACGAAAUAUGGGAAUACGAUACAAUUCAGCUCAGUAAAGACCAAGAGGGGUUAUUUAGCGGAAUGAUGAACAAGUUUCUACAAAUAAAACAACAAGCUUCAGGAUGGCCCAAACAUUGCUUAACGGAUGAAGAAAAAAACCGUUAUAUUGAUGCAUUUUUGGAUAGAGAAGACAUAAAGCUGGAAUUUUCAAAAAUUAUAGAGAACCCCUGUUUGAGAUCGUUAGCUAAACUUAUGCUGAAUUCCUUUUGGGGUAAAUUUGCUCAAAAAGAAAACCAAAACAAAACCUCAAUAGUCAGAGACUGUGGUGAAUUCUUUGAUAUGCUGACUAAUCCUUCUAUUCAUGUAAAUACAGUUCUCCCGGUAAACGAAGAAACCCUUCUCAUAACUUGGGAAUUUAGAGAAGAGGCCUAUGACGUUUCUUCAACGUUUAACGUUGUAUUGGCUUCAUAUGUCACGGCCCUAGCUAGACUAAAAUUAUAUUCAUUCUUGGAGAAAGUGGAAGAAAGGGCAGUUUACAUAGAUACAGAUUCAUGUAUUUAUAUCUCUCGUAAGGGAUUAGACGACAUAUCUACAGGCGACUUCAUAGGUGAUAUGACCGAUGAGCUCAAUGGAGGUUUCAUAUCAGAGUUUGUUUCUGGAGGACCUAAGAACUACGCCUACAAAUAUACUACUUUGUCUGGAGAGGAACAGAUCGUAUGUAAAGUAAAAUGCAUAUCACUCAACUACAAGGCAUCCCAAGUAUGUAGUCAAUUUUGA